AUCGGGUUGAUCGCUGGAGCCCCAUAUCAUCCUCAAUGCCCUAAUAUAUAUAGCAUGGGGGAAAUAAUACCGCAAGAGCGCCAACGGUAGGGAUAUGAAAGUAGCUGAUGCCUGACAGAGCGCUCCAUUCUUUCUUCGCGCUGUCUUUCACUCUACAUUAUUCCUAUCUGCAAUAGCUCUUUCCGCCCCAAAAGAAACAACCUACAAUGGAACCCCAGCCAUCCAUCGCAAUCAUCGGAGCCGGCCCAAGUGGGGUAGUACUCGCCCGACUACUAGAACUGGGUGGCAUCACCGACUAUGUCAUUUACGAGCGCAAUGAAUCAGCCACGCCAGGUCCCUGGCAGCAAGGCGGGACGCUGGAUCUACACGGCCCGUCCGGUCAACUGGCGCUCAAGCGUGCCGGCUUGUUUGACGAGUUCAGUAGGAACUUCGCGCGUUGGGAUGCAUCAAGGAUGUCUAUUGUCGAUUCAGCCGGCGCUGCAGUUGUCAGUCUAGGGGAAGGCCGUGAUGCCCCUGAGAUUGACCGGAUACAGCUACGCCAGCUUUUGCUCGACUCAGUCCCUGCGGACAAGAUUCGCUGGGGGCGUGCCGUCAGGACCAUUGCAAGACGAGAGGAACGGGAUAGUGGGACGAAGGACAACGGGUGUGUCAUCCAUUUCACCGAUGGUACAUCUGCGAGCGGCUUUCGACUGAUUGUUGGCGCUGAUGGCGCUUGGAGCAAGGUUCGGCCUCUGGUUACAUCAGCGAAACCGGUAUACUCAGGAAAGAUGUUUAUCGAGGGGAAGUUGUCCCAUAACAACCCAAGCUAUGAGGUAGCCAUUCAGAUGGUUGGUCGAGGAGGCAUGAUCGCGGUAGGGAACCGCGCAGAGAUGUCGGUGCAGCAACUUGCUGAUGGCACUUACCGUGUAUACUUUGGGCUACUUGUGCCCGAGGGCUUCUACGACCAUCGUGACGGUAACGACGCAGCUUCUGACCCUACCAUCAAAACCGAGGACAUACGUCGCUUGCUGUUGUCGUCCAACGAUUUCUAUGCUACCUGGGCGUCGCAACUGAAAGCUCUUGUCGACACUGCUGAGGGCCCCUUCCGUGCUUGGCCACUGUACCGCAUGGACCCGGAGACAGUCGGCUGGACCCGCAGCGUGGCUCCUGGCGUCACCCUACUGGGCGAUGCCGCGCACGUUUCGACGCCAUUUGCUGGUGAGGGCGUUAACUGCAGCAUGUACGAUGCCGUCGUACUAGCAGACUGCAUUAUCAAGCACUGUGGCGUCAAUCGACACUUUCAAAAUAGUGAGAACAGUGUUCUGGAAACUGCUUUGUCGGAGUAUGAAGCAGAUAUGUUCUUGCGCGGUCAGGAUAUGAUUCGGCACAGUACCAAGAACGAGGUUAUGCUGUUUGCGGAUAACGCCUCAGAACAAUUCCUAGCGCUCUUGAAUAGUCAUGGGCAGGCCAAGGAAACCAAAUGAUUCGGUGUAGAACAUAUGGUACUACGCAAUCGAGGGGGGCUACAUCGCUUAGAUAGGCAAUCAAUCAUCAUUCUCUACUCAUCCUAGGAGGAAAGCAAGGUCUGCAGAUCUCAUGUUGAUUAAGCGAUGAUUGGAUGUUUGAAUUUGCUAGCAGACUGCAGAUCUGAAGAGAAAAUUCAAACUAGA